AUCCAUAACAUUUGCUUCUGCAGCCAGAGAGUGAGAAAGCUGGCGAAGCAUAGACAAGGAAGAAGAACUGAGGAGAAGAUAAACAACUACCGAUGAUGAGCUUAUCCAUUGCUUCGCCAACGAGCGUGAGCUUCACUGGUAAAUUGGGUCUCUCAAAAUCAUCAUUUCAUGGGGUUCGCAUUGCCCAUAUUUGUCCCGCGCUUGCUCCAAGUGCGUCUACUCUGAGGACUUCAUCAGGGUCUUCUUCUUCUGCUUCUUCUAGAGUGGUGAUGAUGGCAAAGAAGCAAGAGGAGUUGAAAGAAAUUAGAACCAAAACCACGGAGGAGUUGAACGAGGAGAUUGUGGACUUGAAAGGGGAGCUCUUUAUGCUACGGCUUCAGAGGUCGGCUCGUAAUGAGUUCAAGUCCAGCGAGUUUCGCCGCAUGCGGAAAAGGAUUGCCCGUAUGCUAACUGUCAAACGGGAGAGAGAGCUUGAGGAGGGAAUCAACAAGAGAUUGUCAAGGAAGCUCGACAAAAAAUGGAAGAAAAGCAUUGUUCCUAGACCACCUCCAUCAUUGAAGAAACUACAAGAGGAGGAGGCAGCUGCAGAGGCCAAGGAAGCCAAGGAAUCAGCAUGAGGGAACAAGCCAAAUUAUUAUUUGGGUCAUGUUGUAUCUUAUUCCCUUGGGUCAUUCCAUGGUUAACCUCUUCUAACUCUUUUAUCUUGCCCAAGUUUCUCGUACCAGGUUCUUGUAAUCUAUCAAUGAGAUCAUUUUUUGUCCCUAUACUAAGUGCGAGCAGCAGCUGACCUGAUGUCUAACGUAAUUGGCAGCAAGCCUUUAUACUCUUUUACUACUAGCUAGUACGACUUAGUGCUAAUAUUGGAUGUAGCUCCAGUGCUCUGCUGACCUCUGUCUGCUUCCUUUAACUGUUGGAUUAUAUUACUGAAUGGACAAUGGUAAAAAGAAUGAAAGAAGAUUAGCUUGUGACUA